UGUGGCUAUACGUAGGUACAAACCUGUGGCAGUAAGUAGGUACUAUUUUGUGGGAAUAAGAAGGUACAGACCUUUGGCAGUAAGUAGGUUCAAUCAUGUGGCUAUACGUAGGUACAAUCAUGUGGCUAUACGUAGGUACAAUCCUGUGACUAUGCGUAGGUACAAUCCUGUGGCUAUACGUAGGUACAAUCCUGUGGCUAUACGUAGGUACAAUCCUUUGGCAAUAAGAAGGUACAAUCCUGUGGCAGUGAGUAGGUACAAUCCUGUGGCAAUGAGUAGGUACAAUCCUGUGGCAAUAAGUAGGUACAAUCUUGUUGCAGUGAGUAGGUACAAUCCUGUCGCAGUAAGUAGGUACAAUCCUGUGGCAGUGAGUAGGUACAAUCCUUUGGCAAUAAGUAAGUACAAUCCUGUGGCAGUAAGUAGGUACAAUCCUGUGGCAAUAAGUAUGUUCAAUCCUGUGGCUUUACGUAGGUACAAUCCUGUGGCUAUACGUAGGUACAAUCCCGUGGCAAUAAUUAGGUACAAUCAUGUGGCAAUAAGUCGGUACAAUCCUGUGGCAGUAAGUAGGUACAAUCCUUUGGCAGUAAGUAGGUCCAAUCCCAUUUCAUUCCCAGGGGUGGUAGUAGGUAAGAGCUUCAAUAUUGCAGAUGCUAAUGUAACACAUGCAUUUUAUUGUUUUAGACUAAACUAUGGAGAGGAAAGGUGGCCAGUGAAGGAGACACUGAGUUCCAUUUGUGGAGUGUUGGAGGGACAACAGAAAUAAUGUCCGACGAGGAGUUCGACAAUGAAACAAAGACGGUUAACUUGAGAACUCCACGAUGGAGAACAGAACAUUUCAACAACUACAU